UCUCUUUAGUGUUUUUGAGGCGCAUAUUAGAAGGACACCAGACUAGGGUCUGAUCCAAACAGCCCUUUACUACUCCUCUCUAUUACGCAAAACUGUUUAAACUGUCGCCGUCUGAUUUUCUACUUCCGAUCUUCUCCGCCGUCCAUUAUUCUUUCCAAAUACUAGCUUCAAACUCCUCUUUCUCUGCUUUUAUGUUCUAUUAUCUACUUAUAGCUACUUCACUCUUAGUUAUGAUUUUCAAAUUUCCUCUCGUCCCGAUCCGAUUUGGUUCUUAUCGGAUAGCUUUCGGGUUGGAUCCCGCCGAAAUUUCGUUCUCUCUGUAAUGGUUUUUUUUUCUCGGUUUCAAGCUUCUCGCCCGAUCCACUGAAUAUCGGCUUUCGAAAAUUUUAACUGAUAAUUUUUAUUUUAUUUUAUUUUUGUUUUAGUGAAAUUUUGAGGGAAGAAAAAAUAAUUUUUUAUUUUAAUUUUUUUGGGAGAUUAUAUUAGAUAUCGACGAGGUUGUAAUUCAUUUUUGUAUGGACGAGGACAAAAAGGUAAAUAAAAUGGGUGCUGCGAUAUCAGAUACGGUUGCAGAGUGCGUGAUCCCGUACAUACACGACCCCAGGGACCGAGACGCCGUUUCGUUAGUGUGCCGGAGGUGGUACGAGCUGGACGCAAUUACACGUAAGCACCUAACGAUUGCGUUGUGCUACACGACGACCCCGGAGCGGUUACGGCGUCGUUUUAGCCAUUUAGAGUCGUUAAAAUUGAAGGGGAAGCCGAGAGCGGCGAUGUUUAAUUUGAUACCCGAGGAUUGGGGCGGGUACGUGACGCCUUGGGUCAAAGAAAUCGCUCAGUCGUUUAAUUGUUUGAAGUCGCUUCACUUUCGGAGGAUGAUUGUGAAAGACUCGGAUCUGGAAGAUUUAGUUAGGGCUCGAGGGAGGAAUCUUCUGGUUUUGAAGCUUGAUAAGUGUUCUGGAUUCUCUACUGAUGGACUUCUCCACGUGACUCGCUCGUGCAGGCAAUUAAGAACCUUAUUUUUGGAGGAGAGCUCAAUAAAUGAGAAAGAUGGUGCUUGGCUUCAUGAACUUGCUUUAAAUAACACUGUUCUUGAGACAUUAAACUUUUACAUGACAGAACUUGUCAGCGUCAACUUUGAAGACCUGGAACUCAUAGCUAGAAAUUGUCGGUCCUUAACAUCUGUGAAAAUAAAUGACUGUGAACUCUUGGACCUUGUUAAUUUCUUUCAGACUGCAACUUCUUUAGAGGAAUUUUGUGGGGGCUCCUUCAAUCAUCAAGCAGACAGUUAUUCUGUCGUAUCAUUUCCCCCAAAGUUAUGCAGUUUGGGCCUAUCCUAUAUGGGGAACAAUGAAAUGUGGAUCAUGUUCCCUUUUGCAUCUGUGCUGAAAAAGUUGGACCUCCUCUAUGCAUUGCUGGACACGGAGGAUCAUUGUCUGUUAAUUCAGAGGUGUCCGAACUUAGAAGUUCUUGAGACUAGGAAUGUAAUUGGAGAUAGAGGGUUAGAAGUUCUUGCUCAGAAUUGUAAGAAACUAAAGAGGCUUAGAAUUGAGCGAGGGGCCGAUGAUGAUGCGGAAAUGGAGGAUGAAGAAGGUCUAGUUUCACAAAGAGGUUUAACUCAUCUGGCUCAAGGCUGCCUAGAGCUGGAAUACUUGGCGGUUUACGUAUCAGAUAUCACAAAUGCAUCUCUGGUAUGUAUAGGUGAUCACUUGAAAAACCUCUGUGAUUUUCGCCUAGUUUUGCUUGAUAGAGAAGAUAAGAUAGCUGAUUUGCCUCUUGAUAAUGGAGUCCAAGCUCUAUUAAGGGGAUGUGAAAAGCUUAGAAGGUUUGCUCUAUAUUUAAGACAGGGAGGUUUAACAGACGUGGGUCUCAGUUAUAUUGGGCAGUACAGUCUAAACGUGAGAUGGAUGCUUUUGGGUUGUGUUGGGGAGUCUGAUGCAGGGCUUAUAGAGUUCUCGAAGGGAUGCCCUAACCUGCAAAAACUGGAAAUGAGAGGUUGUUCCUUCAGUGAGGGUGCCCUAGCUAUUGCUGUGAUGCAACUGACUUCACUGAGGUACUUGUGGGUGCAAGGAUAUCGAGCAUCCCAAAACGGUCGUGAUCUUUUGGCAAUGGUUCGCCCAUUUUGGAACAUUGAGUUGAUUCCUCCAAGACAAGUUCAUGAGGCUGAUCAGGUCGGACAGCAAGAAGUGAAUCCGCAGCCAGCUCAUAUACUUGCAUAUUACUCCCUUGCUGGACAAAGAGCAGAUUUUCCGGAGACGGUGUGCCCAUUAGAUCCAGAAUCUUUACUUACCAGAUAGAGCUAGCUGUAUAUACCACCUUUUUCAAAGUCUCUGUUGUUUUCAUUUUACCGCCACGCCCUGUUUAUAAAAUCAAAAACUAUUUUCAUUUUUCUCCUCUGAGGGGUUCAAAUUUUUAGUUUUGAUUUCUGUUUUUUUGUUGUAGACUUUUGUUCCUUAAAUAAGUUUGUGUUUUCUUCUGUAAUUCUACUUUCUUCCUUCCUUUGUACAAUUAACUAGCUUAAAUCUCAGACCUUGAGUGA